AAGAAAUUGAUUGUCAGAUUGUCUAUCAUCGUUGACCACUUCCUGACAGUCUGUGAAUUUGUAUAGAAAUAAAAAUCGCCAAAAAAUGGCGAAAAGGAUUUCACAAAGCGCUGUAAACUGGGCAGCCCUUGCUGAGAGGGUCCCAGCCGAACAGAAAGUUCAUCUUGCGGCUUUCAAGAUUAAGUCGGACACUUACCUCCGAAGAGUUUUGGCCAACCCCCCCGAACCUCCCAAGAUUGACUGGGCGGCUUACAAGAAUGCCGUCCCCAUUCCCGGUAUGGUGGACACCUUCCAGAAGCAAUACGAAGCGUUGAAGGUUCCUUACCCCGCCGACACACAGACAGCUCAGGUUGAUGCUCAAUGGGCUGAGGUCAAAAAAGCUAUCGAUGCCUUCAUCCAAGAAUCCAACGCCAACAUCGCUAACUACCAGAAACAAGUGAGUGAGAUUAAGGCACUCUUGCCGUAUGAGCAGAUGACCAUGGAAGACUUCCGUGAUGCUUACCCAGAAGAGGCGCUCGACCCCAUCAACAAGCCUACCUUCUGGCCACACACUCCUGAUGAGCAACUUGACUAUGUUGACCCUGACAAGCCAGCACAUUCCGGCCACUAAACAAAUGAAUUCUAAAUGCCCUCACACAGCUUUGCAGAUAAAUUGUUCAUCAUAUAUCAGUGUAAAGUGAUAGCUGACAGUUUUGUGAAGUUCUGUUAAGAGGUUCUUAGCAGUUGCAAUCAUGUUCUAUUUAUGUAGGAAUAAACGAAAUCUUU